GACAUCCUAUCGCCGCUGUCGGACGAGCUGCUGCUGCGCAUCCUCUCGUUCCUGCCUCUGCAGCAUCUACUUGCCGUGGCGCCCGUGUCGCGCCGCUUCUACCACCUGGCCGCCGACUCGCAGCUCUGGAAGGCGCUGUACUACGCGCGCUUCGUGCUGCCGCGCGCCAUGCGCAUCCCCGGCUUCCGCGACGGCAGCACCGCCGGCGCCGGCCACAAGCUGCACUACUCCGGGCGCCGGACCCUCUGGGCCGACGGGCGGCGGGGCGGGCUGGUGCGCGACGAGCGGGAGGAGGAGCGCGCGAGAACGACGCUGACGGAGGCUUUGGGCGCUGCCGGCCGAGAAGAAGGCGACGAUGACAAGGGCGGGGAGGGCGGGCGGGAAGGGGUGGAGGAAGAAGAGCCCCUACCGCUGGAGCAAAAGCCACAGGGUGUCAACUGGAAGAGGCAGUACAAGAUCCGCUACAACUGGUCCAGGGGGAGAUGCGCCGUCGAGGAGCUCAGGAUAGGAGGCGGCGGCGGCGGCGGCGGCAAGAUGGACACGGGCGACGAGCCAGAUGCCAAGCAGGGAGGGGGAAAGAAGGUGCUUGCCAAAGUUGUCGAGGGUAUUGCCAUCACAGCCGACAGGACGGGCGCCCUGCGCGCCUGGGAUCUCAAGAGCAGACAGCUGAUCGCGCAGGUUAGUUUGGACGAAGAGGGGCAUGCCGACGGCGACGCCGCCGCCGCUGACGCCGCCGAGCCGAGCUGCAUCUCUCUGGACGAGGCGAGAUUUGAUCGAGGCAUUCUCGACGUGGCAGUUGGCUUUCUGGAUGGCGGUUUCGGGAUCUGGAGGCUCCGAACUGGCGAGAAGCGCUUCGUGCGACGCUACAGGCACCAGAAAUCCAGCAACGGCGGACUGACGGCAAUGGCCUUGUCAUACCCGUACCUGCUUACGGCUACGGAGUCAGUGUUGAUCUCGCUCUAUACAUUUGAUGUCCCUAGCGAGACAGGGGACAAUCAAGAUGCUAAAGAGGAGGACGACAGUACGAAAGAAGUAUCUGGUCAGGAAAGCGAGAGUCAAAGCUCAGCGCAUCUUACUGUUAGCGCCAGUUCGGUUUCAGCGCCAUAUCUCCUAACCUCGCUCAAGUCGCACUCGUCGCGACCGCCGCUCGCUCUCUCCAUACGCAAGAUGGCGGCAACUACGAUCGCAUCCAUAGCCUACACCUUCUCUACGCGGCGAGGCUGGUCCAUUGGCAUCCAAGACUUGCAUAUCCGGCCAGCAAGUACCCACGGAAUCAAGGCGGCCCCAGAGAUCACUACUACUCGUAUAGCGUACACCACGCCGAUAGACGCGAGCGGCCCCUCGCAGUCCCCAAUUUCCCCCCCAGCGACGCCUCGGCGCCAGAAUGUUGCUGGGCCCCUUGAGCCCGGCUCUCCUGCUGUUUUAGACGACCCGGGCCACCCCGAGCCCGGCCCUACGACCCUCUGCUACACCCACCCGUACUUGCUCGCUACCCUGCCAGACAACACAUUGGUGCUGCACAUGUGCACCUCGAAUACCUCGUCCCUCUCUAUAUCACGCGGCAUUCGCUUGUGGGGACACACGUCGGGUAUUAGCGAUGCCGAGAUCACUGCCCGCGGAAAGGCAGUGAGCGUCAGCUCGCGGGGCGAAGAGAUGCGCGUCUGGGAGCUCGAAGGGAAGUCGACCGGCAUCGGCAGCCGGAGCGUCGAGAUUCGACCAGGCCAAUCAUCGCCGGCCGGCCACAGUAACGGCCUCAGCGGCGGCGACAACAGUGCAAGCGCGCUGCGAGACUGGGACGAGCGGCGCAACUGGGUGGGCUUUGACGAUGAGAUGGUCAUUGUGCUGAAAGAGACGGCAAAGGAGGGUAGAGAGAGCCUGAUGGUGUACGACUUUACUUGA